CCAGAAUGCCAUGCACAAAUGCCACCGGAGACCAUACUGCCAAGUGCUUGGAGGAUUUUAACAUUCCAUUUUCUGUUUUUGAAUGGUGUGAGCGUACCCUAACAACAGAAUGGUAUCAGCACAUCCUGAUCAGAGGUCUGUCAUGAAUUCCCCCGAGGAGAGGCACAUUGUAGGACCCCUUGUACACAGUUCAUUUGAAAGGAUAAUUUGACUCACCUGUGUUUAUUGUCAUCGUCAACCAACAUUGUUAAUAAACAUUACAUUACAUUCUUAAUUGAGAUUACAUUAGGCUGCUACCACUCCUGCAGUGCUAGCCACAGUAUCCUUUUCAGAUCUUAAGACGUUAAGACUAUUUUCAGAGCAGAUCAGAAUCCCACUUGUGAUUGGUGGAUUAUGUUUGUCUCCUAACAUUGCUUUAUUUAACUUGGAAUAUACUUCAUGCUCGGGAGGAAGAAAUUACCCAACUAUCCACAUGCAUGCUAUGUAUCUCUGGUUUUCAAUGCUCACAACUCUCAAAUCAACCACACACUUCUAACACAUCAUGUUUCUGUUCUAUUAAUUGAUAGUGGUAUCUACCCUGUAUAUAAUCUGAACGUUUCAGAACUCUAUGACCUCAAUGUUAAAAUAGGGACUUUUUUUCUCCAUUUCCUGCUUUCAGUUUAGUUGUGUUUUACUUGAGAAAGGAUGCAAGCUGGGUUACACCAGUCUCAGCAGUUGUUUUCUGUUUAGCUUAAAAGUAAUCUACCAUUAGGCUGCAAGUGUUGUAAAGGGUGUUGUUUUUUAAAAGUCCAGUGUACAAGGGGUCAAAAUGAGUCUCUCUGGGGAGAAUGAGGCUGGCCGUCCCUCUAGUAUCUGUGAAGAGACUGAAGAGGAAGCCACUGCUUCUAGAAUGAGUCCCUCAGGGAGUGAGGGAGAAAUGUCCCUUAAAAGGAGUUUUCCUACAGAACAGGACACUGACAGGGAACAUAAGAGGAUCAAGACAGACAGACCAGUCUCGCCUGCACCUAGUGGUGUCUCCAUGAAGAGUGACCGGUCGAUGGGACUUCCUAUUCUCUUCAGUGAUGGAGAAUUAUCCGCUGGGAAAAGCAGUAUCUCUGAGGAGAAUGACCAGUCAAUGGAUCACCAACCCAGAGUCCCUACUGAUGACAGAGUGUACAACACUGUUUCCACUAAGACAGAAAUCCAGGAGAAAAUGAAAUCCUACUUGAAGAAUAGGGCAGAUUCUUUAUUUGAAGGCAUUGAGGAUCAAGCCAAAAAAACACCUCUUAACAACAUCUACACAGAGCUCUACAUCACACAAGGUGGAAGUGGAGAGGUCAAUUAUGAACAUGAGGUGAGACAGAUUGAGACAGCAUGCAGGUUUCCAGUAGAACAAGAGACAUCAAUCCAACUCAAUGACAUCUUCAAACCCUUACCUGGACAAGACAAGCUUAUCAGAACAGUGCUGACAAUGGGAGUUGCUGGCAUUGGAAAAACAGUGUCUGUGCUGAAGUUCAUGUUGGACUGGGCUGAAGGAAAAGCAAAUCAAGACAUCCAGAUCAUCUUCCCACUUCCUUUUCGGGAUCUGAACUUGAUGAGAGAUAAAAAUCAAAGUCUGAUAGAACUACUUCAUCACUCCUUUAUAGAAACAAAACAAUCAGAAAUCUCAGAAAAUAAAAAUAUUGUGUUUGUUUUUGAUGGUCUGGAUGAAUGUCGCCUUCCUCUGGACUUCCAGAAUAAUAAGAUCUGCUGUGAUGUCACAGAGUCAACUUCAGUGGAUGUUCUGCUGACAAACCUCAUUAAAGGGAAUCUGCUUCCCUCUGCUCACAUUUGGAUAACAUCCCGACCUGCAGCAGCCAAUCAGAUCCCUCCUGAGUGUGUUGACCAGGUGACAGAGGUACGAGGAUUCAAUGACCUACAGAAGGAGGAGUACUUCAGGAAGAGAAUCGGUGAGGAGGACCUGGCCAGCAGAAUCAUCUCACACAUAAAGACAUCAAGGAGCCUCCACAUCAUGUGCCACAUUCCUGUGUUCUGUUGGAUUUCAGCCAGUGUCCUAGAGAGACUAUUGGUUGAAGCAGAGAGUCGAGAGAUCCCCAAGAAUCUGACUCAAAUGUACACUCAUCUCAUGAUCUUCCAGUCAAAACUGAGGACUCAGAAAUAUCCUGUAGAGCAUACCAACGAUUCUCACUGGGAUAAAGAGAUGAUUGAGGCACUGGGAAAAUUGGCUUUUCAACAGCUAGAAAAAGGCCAUCUGAUAUUCUAUGAGGAAGACCUGAGAGAGUGUGGCAUUGACAUCAAGGAUGCGUCUGUGUACUCUGGAGUGUGCACUCAGAUCUUCAGAGAAGAGUCUGGGCUUAACCAGAUGAAGGUGUACUGCUUUGUACAUCUGAGUAUCCAGGAGUUUCUGGCUGCACUAUAUGUGUUCCUCAUGUUCACUAACAACAACAACAAUCUGAUGGCUAAAGAGAGAUCCCUCCGCAACAAAAACAGUCUAUAUGAAGAUGCAGUGGACAAGGCCUUGCAGUUUGAAAAUGGCCAUCUGGACCUUUUCCUCCGCUUCCUUCUAGGCCUUUCACAUGAGUCCAAUCAGCAUCUCCUACAAGGCCUACUGACACCAACAGGAAGCAGCUCACAGAGCAACAAGGAAACAGUCAAGUACAUCAAGGAGAAGAUCAGGAAGAACCUCCCCCUGGAGAGGUGUAUCAAUCUGUUCCACUGUCUGAAUGAACUGAAUGAUCAUUCUCUAGUGGAGGAGAUCCAAAGCUACCUGAGAUCAGGACGUCUCUCAAAAUCUAAACUCUCAGCUCAACAGUGGUCAGCUCUGGUCUUCAUGUUGCUGACCUCCGAGAAGCUGGAUGUGUUUGACCUGAAGAAAUACAUCAGAUCAGAUGCGGCUCUUCUCAAACUUCUCCCAGUUGUCAGAUCCUCUAGAACAGCCCUGCUGAACGAAUGUAAACUCACCAAGAAAAGCUUUGAGGCACUGGCUUCUGUUCUCAAAUCAAAUUCAUGCUGUCUGAGAGUGCUGGACAUGAGUGGCAAUAAACUCCAGGAUUCAGGAGUGAAGCUGCUCUCUGCUGGACUGGAGGAUCCACACUGUAAACUGGAGACAUUGAAGUUGAAUGAUUGCAACCUAACUGAGAAAUCUUGUGAGGUGCUGGCUUCAACUCUCAGCUCAAACACCUCAAGUUUGAGAGAGCUAGACCUGGGAGGAAAUGAACUCCAGGAUUCAGGAGUGAGAUUCAUCUGUGCUGGACUUGAGAAUCCACAAUGUAAAUUGGAGACACUGAGGCUGUCAGGCUGCAGCAUCACAGAGGAAGGCUGUGCUUCUCUGGCUUCAGCUCUGAGGUCAAACCCCUCCCACCUGAAGGAGCUGGACCUGAGUGGAAAUACUCCAGGAGUCUCUGGAGUAAAGCUGCUCUCUUCUGUACAAGAGGAUCCCCUCUACACUGGAGACAAUGCGGAGAAAAGCACUCCCUCUAGAAUGAGUCUCUCUGGGGAGAAAGAAGAGAGGGGAGGCCCUCCUUCUAGUAUCUGUAAAAAGACUGAAGAAGAAGUCACUGCUUCUAGAAUGAGUCCCUCAGGGAGUGAGGGAGCGUUGUCCCCUAAAAGGAGUUUUCCUACAGAACAGGACACUGAUAGUGAACUUAAGAGGAUCAAGACCGACAGACCAGUCUCACCUGUACCUAGCUGUGUCUCCAUGAAGAGUGACAGGUCUAUGCAACCUCCUAUUCACUUCAGGGAGGGAGACUUUUCCACUGAGCAAAGGAUCAAGACAGACCGACUAGUCUCACCUGCACCAAGCUGUGUCUCAAUGAAGAGUGACAAGUCAUUGGGACUAAAUAUUCUCUUCAGGGAUGGAGAAUUAUCCACUGGGCAAAGCAGUAUCUCUGAGGAGAAUGACCAGUCAAUGGAUCACCAACCCAGAGUCCCUACUGAUGAGAAAGUGUACAUAACCAUAUCCACUAAGACAGAAAUCCAGGAGAAAAUGAAAUCCUACUUGAAGAAUAGGGCAUAUUCUUUAUUUGAAGACUUUGAGGAUCAAGCCAAAACGACAACUCUUAACAACAUCAACACAGAGCUCUACAUCACACAAGCUGGAAGUGGAGAGGUCAAUUAUGAACAUGAGGUGAGACAGAUUGAGACAGCAUGCAGGUUUCCAGUAGAACACGAGACAUCAAUCCAACUCAAUGACAUCUUCAAACCCUUACCUGGACAAGACAAGCUUAUCAGAACAGUGCUGACAAGGGGAGUUGCUGGCAUUGGAAAAACAGUGUCUGUGCUGAAGUUCAUGUUGGACUGGGCUGAAGGAAAAGCAAAUCAAGACAUCCAGAUCAUCUUUCCACUUCCUUUUUGGGAUCUGAACUUGAUGAGAGAUAAAAAUCUAAGUCUGAUAGAACUACUUCAUCACUCCUUUAAAGAAACAAAACAAUCAGAAAUCUCAGAAAACAAAAAUAUUGUGUUUGUUUUUGAUGGUCUGGAUGAAUGUCGCCUUCCUCUGGACUUCCAGAAUAAUAAGAUCUGCUGUGAUGUCACAGAGUCAACUUCAGUGGAUGUUCUUCUGACAAACCUCAUUAAAGGGAAUCUGCUUCCCUCUGCUCACAUUUGGAUAACCACCCGACCUGCAGCAGCCAAUCAGAUCCCUCCUGAGUGUGUUGACCAGGUGACAGAGGUACGAGGGUUCAAUGACCUACAGAAGGAGGAAUACUUCAGGAAGAGAAUCUCUGAGGAGGACUUGGCCAGCAGAAUCAUCUCACACAUAAAGACGUCAAGGAGCCUCCACAUCAUGUGCCACAUUCCCGUCUUCUGUUGGAUUUCAGCCAGUGUCCUAGAGAGACUAUUGGUUGAAGCAGAGAGUCGAGAGGUCCCCAAGAAUCUGACUCAAAUGUACGCUCACCUCAUGAUCUUCCAUUCAAAACUGAGGAGUCAGAAAUAUCCUGUAGAGCAUGCCAACGAUUCUCACUGGGAUAAAGAGAUGAUUCUGGCACUGGGAAAGCUGGCUUUUCAACAGCUAGAAAAAGGCCAUCUGAUAUUCUACGAGGAAGACCUGAGGGAGUGUGGCAUUGACAUCAAGGAUGCAUCUGUGUACUCUGGAGUGUGCACUCAGAUCUUCAGAGAAGAGUCUGGGCUUAACCAGAUGAAGGUGUACUGCUUUGUACAUCUGAGUAUCCAGGGGUUUCUGGCUGCACUAUAUGUGUUCCUCAUGUUCACUAACGACAACAACAAUCUGAUGGCUAAAGAGAAAUCCCUCCGCAAAAACAAACUAUACCACGAUGCAGUGGACAAGGCCUUGCAGUUUGAAAAUGGCCACCUGGACCUUUUCCUCCGCUUCCUUCUAGGCCUUUCACUGCAGUCCAAUCAGCAUCUCCUACAAGGCCUACUGACACAGACAGGAAGCAGAUCACAGAGCAACAAGAAAACAGUCAAGUACAUCAAGGAGAAGAUCAGGAAGAACCUCCCCCUGGAGAGGUGUAUCAAUCUGUUCCACUGUCUGAAUGAACUGAAUGAUCAUUCUCUAGUGGAGGAUAUCCAAAGCUACCUGAGAUCAGGAAGUCUCUCAAAAUCUAAACUCUCAUCUGGACAGUGGUCAGCUCUGGUCUUCAUGUUGCUGACCUCUGAGAAGCUGGAUGUGUUUGAUCUGAAGAAAUACAUCAGAUCAGAUGCUGCUCUUCUCAAACUUCUCCCAGUUGUCAGCUCCUCUAGAACAGCCCUGCUGAACGAAUGUAAACUCACCAAGAAAAGCUUUGAGGCACUGGCUUCUGUUCUCAAAUCAAACUCAUGCUGUCUGAGAGUGCUGGACAUGAGUGGAAAUAAUCUCCAGGAUUCAGGAGUGAAGCUGCUCUCUGCUGGACUGGAGGAUCCACACUGUAAACUGGAGACAUUGAAGUUGAAUGAUUGCAACCUAACUGAGAAAUCCUGUGAGGUGCUGGCUUCAACUCUCAGCUCAAACACCUCAAGUUUGAGAGAGCUAGACCUGGGAGGAAAUGAACUCCAGGAUUCAGGAGUGAGAUUCAUCUGUGCUGGACUUGAGAAUCCACAAUGUAAAUUGGAGACACUGAGGCUGUCAGGCUGCAGCAUCACAGAGGAAGGCUGUGCUUCUCUGGCUUCAGCUCUGAGGUCAAACCCCUCCCACCUGAAGGAGCUGGACCUGAGUGGAAAUACUCCAGGAGACUGCUCUCUUCUGUACAAGAGGAUCCCCUCUAUACACUGGAUACACUGAGGUUAAAUGAUUGACAGCUCACUGAGAUGCUAUGAAGCACUGGACUCCACUCCAAGUCCUGAUUGAACUGUAAAUAGAUGUAAAUGUGGUUUGAUGUGUUUUCUGUUUCUGUUGCGUGUCAGCGGAGUGUGUGUUCUGUUAGCUUAGUAAAAAGUAGGGCUGCGCGAUAUGGCCAAAAUAUUAUCACGGUAUUAAAAAUAAUAAUAAUAAUGACUGUAUGAGACAGUAUUUUAUGUUUUUAAAUAAUUCUGCUUUAUGAGUAGUGUGUGACAACAUAUAUUCUAGGUGAUUUCAAUGGGUCUUUCUCCAUUAUGAUUUUUUUAUACUGUUCAAUUCAACUUCAACCCUAAAAAAGUCAUAAUUUUCAUAAAUUUCUGCAUUUGAGAUCAUUUCCACAGUCAUUGUGACAGGGUAGGAACUAAUGUGUUGAUGGGUGUUUCCUAGGGGACCCUAUAAUCUUUACUUCAUGUAGCUAACAUAUUCUUGCUUUGUGUUUACCUCUUUAAUUUAGAAGACUGUUGUGCAAACAACAUGCUAAUUUAGGUCUACACUAUCACUGGUAUUAUCAGGAUGUAUAGCUAAUUACGCUUGCUCUUACUCAGUACAUUUAUUAGCUAGCUAGCGAUUAGCGUCUAACUAUCUGUUUGCAUAUGUAAGAAACACAAGCUAAUUGUGUAAUUAUAGAACGCUAGUAGAUUAAUAUUAAGAAGCAAAGUGACAACUGCAUCGUUGUCAUCAACAGUUGUGCAUUGAUGUAUGUUGCAUUGACCAUGCAGAAUGAACUCAAGUGUCUCGUGGUUGAGGAACAUCAAAUGCUCUCCUUGAGUGACAGGGGGCGUGGCUAGGUCGGUGUGGAAAGCGACAUAGGGCGAGUGGAGAGAGAUGACUCCAGUAGAGAAGUAAACUAUAAAAAUGGACGUUACACACUGCGUAUCACAUUUAACAAACCAAACAUUCAAAUACCGGUAUAGAAGGUAAAGUAAAAACCAAACUGGUCCAUGCAUCAAUACUGGUAUAUCGCAAAAAACGGUAUACAGCCCAGCCCUAGUAAAAAGCCCUCCUUUUAUAAUGACAUCAUGUCUAUACAUAUUGACUGUAGUUCAGUGUCUCUACUAGUGUCACUAUAGUAAACUUCUUAAUCUCAACAACCUUAUUGUAUUACUAGUAACGCUACAUUUUACCAGACUGAUAUCUUUAUAUCCCAGAGUAUUAGACGUCUCUGGAUUGUCUUGAUUAUGUGUUGUACACUGCUUUGAGGAUUUUAUUUAUUUAUUGUAGCAUCUUGAGUUUUUGAAAAGCGUGUUACAAAUCAAAUGUAUUUUUUAUUAUCGUAAUGUAGAAUUACUUACAUUGCAUGUACCCCUGUGUUAAUCUCAGUAUAAUCUAUCAGUGUAUGUAACCCUGUGUUAAUCUAUGAUAAACUGUAUUAUAUAUUCAAAAUGAAUAAUAAAACUGAAUAACGGCCAAAUGAA